GCUUUGAUAUUAUGCUCAAGCGCUUAUGGCACCUUGAAUACAUUUAGGAUGAGGCACCCCCCUCUGCCCUGACAUAUAAUAUCACCUUGGACUCCUCCGGGAUUUCUUGCUAUUGUAUUGGUAUGAACGAAAAUAAACUACGUCACCGAGACCUGCAAACGUGGUGAAACAAUUAUGGGCGUCACAUGGACGGAGUCCUCACUCAAUCGCACCGCCCGCAAAGGAUACAAAAGAGCCUGCUCUAUAAGCACUUCAGGUCACUCAGAACAACCUAGAGACAACCGACUACUUCGUUCGUUUUCGGGGAGCUGACUGUCACUCGUUUCGUCAUGCCGCUCUUUCCACCAAUUACGACCUUUCCGGCUCUCGCUAUUCGAAAGAUUCAGGAGAAGACUAUGGAGGUUUUCGAGGCGCCAACAGCUCAGGCACCCAACUCUCCCAAUCGAGCUUCUGCCGUCCUCGCUCUCGGAUGCGUCAUCGGCGGCUGCUUGCUUCUGGUCGUGAUCGUGGUCAUCACAGCGUCCAUCAACCGUGCCCGUCGAGCGCAGCUGACUCUACCCAUGGGGGAGACAUCUAUCGAGGUCUCCGCAGACGACGUCGAAUUGGACGGCCACCACGUGUACUAUCACCCGAUGCCUCUUCCUCGAGCCCGGUCCGUCCCCGCUGAUACAGCCCUGCUCCACAUCCACACCGGCGAGUUCUUCUCCAACCGGCGCCCCGUCACUCGACCCGUCACGCCAGAAGACCUCGCCGGCUUUCACCCCACUGGUGGUCUCUACGCAACGGUUCCUAUCCCGCUGCAGCAACAGAUCUAUCUGGAGUCUCGGGGCCAUGUCGUGGUACCGCCGCCAUUGGCUCAUGCACCCGCUGACGUCGUUGCUGCGUGUGGGCGAGGCAUCCGAGCUAUCCAUCGCCGGCAUGCUGUUUGGCAUCCUCGAGUUGUCUCGCAGCAGCGCAAUGCGAGCGUUGAUACACUGCCUCGGUAUGAGUCGCCGCCGCCGGAGUAUGAGGAGGAGAUGGAUCUUACGGAUGCGGAUGUGCCCGUGGUACCUAGAUAGACAAAGCGCUGCGCGGCUCUCCGUCGUUACGAAUCUUUCACGCCAUAGGCGGGAGUAGGAGCUUGCGAUGCAGCA